CAACCAUCAAACACAGUACCACUGAUACUGUUUGUGAUUGUCUUAUAUGUCUUACUUUCAAACAAACCACAUGUCUUAUGUGCCAAAUGUCCGGCCGUUGAGAGCCAGUCAACCCAACCAUGUUUUUGCCGGACCAACAGCACCGGUGGCACAAUAGUUGUAUGCAAUGGGGACACCACCAUUCAAAUCAAGAACUACUUCCAGACACUAAGCCAUAGUAUGCCUGAAGACACCGGCAGUUUAGAUGAACUGGUGGUCAACAACACGGCCAUCACAUCCCUUGAGGAGCACUUCCUGUCAAACAUCACAUUCAAGAGGAUCACCAUUAAAGACGCCUUAAGUCUGAACAAAAUCAGUGCCAACGCGUUCGGCGCCAACACGGGAACGGUAGACGAGUUCGUAGUGGUGGGUGAGUCUCAGAUCGGAACCGACACGUACGCCAACGAACUGUUUGACGCCCUGUCCUCCCUCACCAAAGCCCGUAAGAUAUGGUUAGACAGGAAUAAGCUGACGGCCAUCCCGUCGGUAGCGUUUGGCAAGAUAUCGGGCGCCGACUACCGGCUCAAUGACCUCAACUUCAACACAUUCAGCACUAACCCGGGGUUCAUCCGCUCCAUCGGCAACUACGCCUUCUACUACCUGAACCGUUUGCGGCACCUGUAUCUCAGUCACCAACGGAUAGACUACAUACCGGCCAACGCUUUCGACUUCGAGCGGCCGUCCAAUCAGACACUGUAUGUGUAUUUGGGUAACAAUCGGCUCAAUAACACCAGUUUCGAGAGGGGAGUGCUGUUGAACGCCAAACGGCCCGUCCAUUUGGAGCUCUACUGGAACCAUAAGCUCACGUAUUUGGAUGAGAAGAUAUUCGCCCCCUUCCUGAUGGCUGAUAAGAGGAACACCAUUAGACUCGGCGAUAACCCACUGGCCUGUGAUUGCAAGUCCUAUUGGAUGGUCAGAGAUAAGGACAGGUUUAAGGAGCAGAUAUCUAACGUGAAGUGCAAAGUGGGCCCAAACAAAGUGUUUAGCAUCGAUUUGAUACCUUUCGAUCAGUGUAACCGUAAAAAAGCUGCUAGGGACAGGGAAAAGGGAGCACCGACUCCACAGAUAUCCCAAGAGUCCCAUGUAGUCGAAGAGAUAUUAGAUAUCCAGCCGUUCACUAACAACAAGCGUCUGACUAAUGAAUUCAAAUUGGAAGAGACCUGUUUGGGCGCCGGUAGUUAUGGUGUCGUCAUUAAAGGCACGAAUAAGAUCGAUGAAAAGCCGUACGCCAUUAAACUCAUUUAUUUCGUCGGCGAUGAGGACACCAAGGAAUAUCUGCACAAGGAGUUUAACAAACGGUUGAAUGAGAUCCGAAUAUGGGCUAAAGUGGGCGGCAAUACAUGUGUGCAAUACCGGAGCUCGUGGCUGGAAAGCGAAGAGGAGUCCCGGAAACGGUUCGUGAACUACGUGUCCAAAAGCGCGGACUACGUGAAGAACUUAUACGACGAGGUCCUCAACUUCAAGCACUUCGCCAUACUUCACAUACAAAUGGAUUUCUGUUUGUUUUCACUCAAAGAGGUUUUGCACAAAAUCCGCGACCAUUUCGAGACGGCCGGCAAACGGCAACUCCUGCCGCCCGUUGGCUACUAUAUCGCCGCUGAACUCCUCGUCGAGAUACUACAGGCGCUCCAUAACCUCCACUCACUUAAUAUCAUACACCGGGAUGUCAAGCCCAGUAAUAUACUGAUUAAGUAUGAGCCCGACCAGAGGUUCAUCCGGUUGGCCGACUUUGGACUGGCUGUUGAACAUAAGUACAGCGAACAGUCCCAUACGAAAGGUGCCGGUGCUGACCGGUAUAUGGCACCGGAAGUCAAGAAUAGCCGCAGAUAUAACCUGAAGGCAGAUAUCUAUAGUAUGGGUGUUGUUAUACAGGAGUUGUUUAACUUCGACAUCAAUACCAUUGAGAAACAAAACAAUGGUUACCAGGAUAACUAUGUCAAACUGACCGAGAUCACCAACAAGUGUCUCAACGGCCUGAACACAUCCCGGCCCUCGUGUCACGAUAUGCUUAAAUCGAGAGCUGAGUGGACUCUACCCUACAAUGAAAUCAAGGAUUUUAUUCACGAAAGCGUCAAAACUGGGGACAACAACCCCUUUGACCCCAACAAUGAAUUUAUUCAGUAUUUCCUACGAAUUAAGUACGAAACCCAUGAAUGUAUUAAAACUUGAAUUGCUAAUUAAUGCAGUAUUUUGUGA